GGAGAAGUAGGUGGAGGAUAGACGUUAUCAAGUAUCAACAACGCAACACCGGAGCAGAACAGAAACUCCCGCCGAAGUGGCAAAGCAGCGGCACUGACUGACUGCUUUUCCUGCAAAUCUGAAUUCUUCUGCGGGAGGGCGCACCAGAAGAGAAGUAAUGAUAGGUUCUAGGUUCGCUUCUUUCCAGCUCCAAGCCCCAACCUUCUUCCUCCCAUCCCUCCCGUUCCCUUCUUCUCCUCGCCGGAGGUUUCGUCAGGAGUGCCGGUCUCGUCGCCGGGCGUUUCAAACUUCGCGGACUGGAGCGACCAGUUGCAACUGCAGUGCCGGAGUGAGUAAACCACUGGGUGAAGAACAACAUCAGCGGAACAAGCAAGCGCCCAACCGAGCUUACCCUUUCCAUGAAAUUGAGCCCAAAUGGCAGCUCUACUGGGAAGAGAAUUCCACUUUUCGCACCCCUGAUGAAGUCGAUACCUCCAAGCCCAAGUUUUAUGUGCUCGACAUGUUUCCUUAUCCCAGUGGAGCUGGUUUACACGUUGGCCAUCCACUCGGUUAUACUGCUACCGACAUUCUUGCUAGGUUCAAGAGAAUGCAGGGUUAUAAUGUUUUGCACCCAAUGGGAUGGGAUGCAUUUGGUUUGCCUGCUGAGCAGUAUGCCAUUGAUACAGGGACACAUCCCAAAGUCACGACGUUAAAGAACAUCAACCGAUUUCGUUCGCAGCUCAAAUCUUUGGGGUUCUCCUAUGACUGGGACCGGGAAAUUUCUACCACGGAACCUGAUUAUUAUAAAUGGACGCAGUGGAUUUUUCUUCAGCUUCUGAAAAGAGGACUGGCAUACCAGGCAGAAGUUCCAGUCAAUUGGUGCCCUGCUCUUGGAACAGUUUUGGCAAAUGAGGAGGUGGUGGAUGGAGUUAGUGAACGUGGUGGUCAUCCGGUUAUAAGAAAGCCAAUGAGGCAAUGGAUGCUCAAAAUUACUGCCUAUGCCGAUCGCCUCCUUCGAGACCUAGACGAACUUGACUGGCCUGAAAGCAUAAAAGAGAUGCAAAGAAACUGGAUUGGGAGAUCUGAAGGGGCUGAGCUGGAAUUUUGUGUUCUUGAUGAAGAUGCCAAUGAAAGAGAUGUAAAAAUCACUGUCUAUACCACAAGGCCUGAUACCAUUUUUGGAGUGACAUAUUUGGUUGUGGCACCAGAACAUUCCCUGCUUUCAACAAUAGUUUCUGUUGGCCAAAGCAAAAUGGUGGAGGAAUAUAAAGACCUUGCUUCUCGGAAAAGUGACCUGGAGAGGACCGAGCUCCAGAAGGAAAAAACAGGGGUUUUCAGUGGCUGCUACGCCAGAAAUCCUGCUAAUGGGGAAGCAACACCAAUUUGGGUUGCCGAUUAUGUUUUGGGGAGUUAUGGAACAGGAGCAAUCAUGGCUGUGCCUGCGCAUGACACCCGUGACAAUGAAUUUGCUGCCAAAUACAACAUACCAGUGCGCAUGGUUGUAAAGCCAGAUGGUGAUUGUGUAGAUUCAAGCAAGGCUUUUGCAGGCGAAGGCACUGUUUUGAAUUCAGUAAAUUCAUCAUCUGGUCUUGACAUCAAUGGCUUACCUAGCAAAGCAGCAGCUGCCAAAGUCAUUGACUGGGCUGAGAAAUAUGGAAAUGGGACAAGAAAGGUGAACUACAAGUUGAGGGAUUGGCUUUUUGCAAGGCAGCGUUACUGGGGGGAACCUAUUCCAGUUGUUUUCUCGGACGAUACGGGUGAAAUCAUUUCCCUUUCAGAAACUGACCUUCCUCUUACACUACCAGAAUUGGAUGAUUUUACUCCCACGGGGACAGGAGAGCCACCCCUAACAAAAGCUUUUUCUUGGGGAAACAGCAAUGAAGAAGGAAGGUUAACACGGUUGAUCCUUUAUCUGGAAAAGCUGCCAGAAGAGAAACAAGCACCAUGCCUCAGUGGGCAGGUUCUUGCUGAGGCCAUGUACAGGUACUAUUUGAGAUACAUGGACCCAAAGAACUCCAAAGAAUUAGUUGACAAGAGGAAAGAAAUCUAUUGGAGCCCUGUUGAUGUCUAUGUUGGGGGUGCUGAACAUGCUGUUCUCCACUUACUUUAUUCAAGAUUCUGGCACAAGGUCCUGUACGACAUUGGUAUUGUAUCAACCAAAGAGCCGUUCAAGUGCGUGAUAAACCAGGGAAUCAUCCUUGGGGAAGUUCAAUACACAGCUUUCAAGGACCAAGAUGGUAACUAUGUAUCUGCGGACUCGGUUAAUGCAUCUGAUGAACUUUAUCAGGAAGUAAUACCUGAGGAAAAGGUGAAGAAAUCUGGAGAUGGGUAUGUGCUGGACGAGAAUCCUGGAAUCCAAGUGAUGGCACGAGCACACAAGAUGAGCAAAAGCAGGGGAAACGUUGUGAACCCUGAUGAUGUUGUUGGGGAGUACGGAGCUGAUGCUUUGAGAUUGUACGAGAUGUUCAUGGGGCCGUUCAGGUACUUUUUAAGUCCCUCUCUGUAUAAGUUUUACGAUAAGAAAGAGGAUGGUUUGAAUAAACAAUUGCUGAAACAGAUGGAGUGUGGUGGUGGUGGUAGGGACACAAAAACAUGGAACACCAGUGGCAUCGAAGGUGUGUAUCGUUUCUUGGGAAGAACUUGGAGGUUGAUUGUUGGCUCGCCUCUGGCUGAUGGCAGUUUCCAAGAUGGGAGCUUGGCGGUUGAUGUCGAACCUAGCUUUGAACAGCUCCGUUCUCUUCAUAGAUGCAUAGCCAAGGUAACUGAGGAAAUUGAAGCCACGCGAUUCAAUACUGGGAUUUCUGCAAUGAUGGAGUUCGUAAAUGCAGCCAAUAAGUGGGACAACCUCCCAAGAAGCAUAGCAGAAGAAUUUGUGCUGGUGUUGGCACCAUAUGCGCCCCACGUGGCUGAGGAGCUUUGGUUUCGUCUGGGUCAUUCCAACACAUUGGCGCACGCACCAUUCCCGGAGGCGAGGUCAGAGUACCUGAAGGAUGCAAAGAAAGUGCUCCCUGUUCAGGUGAACGGGAAGACGAGGGGAACAGUGGAGGUAGACGAAGGUUGCUCGGAGGAGGAAGCGUUCCGGAUUGCAUCCCAGGACAGCAAGCUGUCUAGGUUCCUAGAGGGGAAGUCGAUCAUCAAGACGAUAUACGUUCAAGGAAAGAUAUUGAACGUGAUCUUGGGCGGGAAGGGGGCCAAGCCUAAACCGAGACCCAAUCCUGAUGCUUCACGGAUUAUUGUUCAAUGAUAAAACCGGGAGUAGCCCAGUUUGUAAGUACAAUUGUGUUCUUCUUCCUAUCAGAAAUGCCCAAUUUGUCCCAAUCAUCUCUCAAAUUGCUGAAGUUAGUGGGUGAAGUGGCUGUGAAGGUGGUGAGUGACGGUGGUGGCAGCCGGUCGCCACCCUCUCUGUCGAGCUCUGCGCUCCCAGAGGGCACUGAUUUGCCUCUGGGAGGCGAGUGCUUCUUCGGCUGUCUCCCUGGCAACCUCGCAGGUGUCCAUCCCCGCGCUGCACUUGUCAGCUUCCUUCUGAUACUGUGAUGUCAUCUUCUUGGCCUCCAGCAAAGCCACGUCGGCCCGCUGCUGGUUCCUCACAGCCUCCGCCUCUUUCAGCUUCACUUCCUCCGCCAGGAGCUCCGUGAAAUUGGACUGCGCCUCCUCGCCCACCUCCGGAUCCUGCUUCUUCGUGCAUUCUGUCGGGCACCAUUCAAAGUCCCAGAAACUGAUUCAUGACAAGCAAUCAAACUGCCGAAUUUGAGUGAUUCUAGAGCGAGAAGGUGUACCUGAGAAAGAAGUGUUGGCGCUCAGAUCUGCAGACAUGGAAGAUGGGAAGAAUUAUGCAACAGGGAACGAGGAAACGCGGCAUAAUACAACAAAAUUAUUAAAGGAGGAGAUGAGAUGAUUUGGCUGAUCACCAUCAAAAAGAGAGAACAGUGGCUGAGUGGAGCAGUCGCAGAAGCAAGGUGGACAGUAUGAGGAGGAAGAAGAAGAAGAGGUGGCGGUAAUGAAAUCGGAGAGGUGCCAGAAGAGCGGUGGGAUUACAAUGUAAGCGACAAGGCAGAAUCCCAGGAAAACCAUCGCUGUCUUCACUGUCUUUUGUUGUUCCCUGUUCUUCAUCUUUUCCUUAUGUUUCUUUUCUCCCUGGUUCAGAUUGCCAGUUUUUUCUUAUAUCGGAACAUAGUUGUUUGCCUCUUCCUUCGGCUUACAGUUAUGAUUCCGCAUGUCCUUCGGAGUGAGCAUCGGCAACUUUCCAAUACAAAUAACUCCGAGUUUUAAUCCAAGCUUUGACCACGAGAAUUUUCAACAAAAAAGGAGAAAGGAAGUAUUCCAUUUUCC